GUGGCGCUGUCGCACACCCGUGAUCUGGUAGAGAUCCCCUUCAAUGAGCAGGGUGCGGAUCACGUCUGCGAGCCCACUGGUGUGUUCCUGACCGAUGGGAAAAUCCAGCCGCACCUCAAGGCGGGCGCGAAGAAGGCCAGUGACAGUAACUGCGUCUCGUGCGUUUCGUGCACCACCAACGGCCUAGCUCCCAUGGUGAAAGCGAUCAACGACGCGUUCGGAAUCGAGCGAGGCCUGAUAACCACCAUACACGCCAUGACCGCGUACCAGCCAACCGUGGACGGGGCGUCGAAGAAAGACUGGUGCGGUUGCCGCACAAAGCCUGGCAAUAUUUGUCCCUCCUCGUCCGGGGCGGUCAAGGCGAAGGCCAAGGUCGUGCCCAAACUGGCGGGCAAGCUCACCGACAUGGCCUUCCGCGUGCCCACCAUCGACGUAUCGGUCGUGGACAUUACCUGUGAGCUAGAGAAGGCGACGAACUACGAGGACAUCUGCGCCAAGACCAAGCGGCUCUCCGAGGGCGACAUGAAGAGAUUCCUGGGCUACUGCGACGAGUCUCUCGUGUCUACCGACUUCAAGACGCGUCCCAUCUCCAGCACGAUCGAUUCCAAGGCUGUCAUCAUGCGGGACUGCAAGCUCGUUGACGGAGCAUAG